AUGGCGAAUUCCAGAUUCGAGUAUGUCAAGGACUUUGAACAGCCCGACGUCUUGCUACCCAAUACCUGGAUCGUCGUCCGCAUCGACGGAAGAGGAUUUCACAAGUUGUCAGAUCACUAUGCGUUUAUUAAACCAAAUGAUCGGCGAGCUCUUGAUCUGAUGAACGCCGCUGCUGUCGAGGUCAUGAAGGACCUGCCAGAUCUAUGCAUCGCAUAUGGCGUUAGUGAUGAGUUCAGCUUCGUUUUCCAUCCGACUUGUCAGCUCUUCGAAAGACGAAAUGCCAAACUGGUGACAACCAUUGUCUCGACAUUCACGGCGUACUACAUUCAUCUAUGGUCUACGUACUUUCCGUCAACGCCACUUCAGCCUCCUUAUCUGCCAUCCUUUGAUGGUCGGGCUGUCAUCUAUCCUACUGCGCGAAUUCUCAGAGACUACAUGAGCUGGCGCCAAGUAGAUUGCCAUAUCAACAAUCUCUACAACACCACCUUCUGGACUAUGGUUCAGCAAGGAGGUCUGACUAACACAGAUGCUGAGCAAGAAUUGAAGGGAACUGUGUCUGCCGACAAGAACGAGAUUCUUUUCAAACGCUUCGGCAUCAACUAUAACAAUGAGCUCGAGAUUUAUAAGAAAGGAAGUGUGCUCUACCGACAAUAUGAACUUCAGGAGCCUGCUCAAGAGCAGGACGUCAAGGACGAGGAUGACUAUGCUCAAUCAGAACCGAAACAGUCUCGCUCACAACAGGAGAAACUCAAAAAAUUGCGCCGAAAGGCUCAGGUUGUAGUGGAUCACGUCGAUAUCAUCCGGGACGAAUUCUGGGAGAGACGUCCCUGGAUCUUGUCUGGGAAACCAGGAAAGUUGCCUACGACGGACUCGAAUGAUCAGAAGGAAGCUGAGAAAUAA